CUGCAGAAUGAUCAUGCUGUUGCAUAUGCUAGUGGCAUUGUGUUGGAUUACAUCAGGGCAGGCAAUGUGGACCAGCUACCAUGGGCACAAAAGUCAGCCAAUCAGGCUAAUGCAGAGCAAAUGUGGGACGACCUUGGUAAUAUCCGAUUGUCAGAGAACAAUACGAUCGAUUUGAUACAACUGUCAGCUUCUCAGCUUUCUUUGGCGUCACCUUACCAGGUAAUCACAAAUUACAAUCAGAAAUGCAACCUCAGUGCGUCUUAUGAUACCGUGAUGUAUGGUUGACACCAUGGAAUAUUUACCUCAUUGAUGCGAAUCAACAUUCUGACAAACGUACACACGAGGGUGGCUAUGAUAUUGGACAGCUGAAACCUGUGAACUUAAUAAAGAGUACGCAACUGUCAGUUUCAAUUAGACGAGGAACUAGUAUGUAUAAGUACUCACGAUGGAAUUGACACUCGGAUGAAUAUAGGAAAGAUAAUCGUGGAUAAUCUAGAGUGACAAUUAAUAGAAGAGAGCAAAUAAUGUUAUUAAAUACAAUGUCAUCCUUAAUCCUUAGACUGUCAGCAAAAUAACAUCGUAGAUGGAGGUUCUAAAUUAAACAUUUUUUCUUAAUCUACAAAAGGAUUUAUAGUGUGCUGCUGCAUCAUGUGAUAUAGUUACUGAGAUUGUUUAACCGUUUUUCUCCAUAUAACGAUUUAUGAUCACUUUUUAAAAGACACAAUAGAUAGAUUUAGAAUAGAUCUAAUAUUACAAACUCAUCGAAGUGAGAUAAUUUCUCACUUAGGUGCCUGCGCACUAAUGGAAAUACUAGUAGUUUUAUUAAUGAAGGUGCCCUGGACAUGAUAACCAUUGGAUAAGAAAUAGUUAUAAAAUUAUGGCGGAUCAGCAGGAUCUAUAUGCCUUGAUAGGAAUACUGACAUUUCUGACCAUUGUUGGAAGUUUUGGAAAUGCGAUUGUAAUGUACGUUUACUAUAAAAAGAAUGACAAGAUGGCGUCGUCUUUAUUUAUACUGAGUUUAGCAGUUGUGGACUUCAUAACAUGCUUUGUGAUCAUCCCUAUGACGAUUUUUAUGGAGUAUGUUGAUUUCUAUGUUGGAUCACAUGAUAUGCUUUGCAAGAUCUACAUGUUUUUCACCACAUCAAAUGUUCCGUUUUCUGCUAUGGUGAUGGUGAUCAUAGCAGUAGACCGUUAUUUCUGUAUAUGUCAUCCAUUUAUGACUGUACUCACCAAACAACGCGCCAAGAUCGUAGUUAUGUUUCUUGUGUCUAUUGUAAUAGCUAUUGGGAUUACCGUAUCUUUGUCGUAUGGCGUAUAUGAUGCCCCGGCCGACUCGAACAGAAUCUAUGAUACGAAUAAUUUUUCUGAAAAUGCUUUAGCCAAGAAUAACUCAAUAAAAUACUUUAACCAAACACAAAGUGGUAUAGCCAACAUUACACAACUACAAUGUCACCUUAACAACCAGAUUAUCAGUAAAGACUUCAUUAUGAAAUUUCAAAAGGGAUAUUUGUCAAUAUUCAUGGUGUGUGGCUUGUCAGUUAUUGUUCUAUACAGUUUUAUAUUAAAAGAGGUCGUCUAUAGACGAGCACUGAGGGACAAAAGACAUGCAAAUACCUUGAAAUUACUGCCUGGUCAGAAUAUUGAUGGAAAAAUUCAGGAGAACGCUCCUCAAAUAUGUCAAGACCCCUCAACAGCAAACUGCUCACAAGAUGACAAAAAGACGAACGAUGAUAUCUUCAAGAAGGGAACAGGUGUGAAUAACAACAGUAAUAAUUCCAGUUUGCGAAGUAAGGAUACAAGUUAUAGGAGUAAUCAGACAAGCAUUGGGGGAAGUCAGAAUAAUAUUGGCAGAUCCAACGGAAGCAGAAGACACAUUCACAGGGACAGCACUUUCAUCGCUAAUUUACGGACAGCUGCCAUGUUGUUUGUGGUCGCUAUGGUAUAUAUCAUGAGUUACAUACCGACGUGUUUAAUGAUUCUGAAAAUUGUCCCUUAUCAGUACGUUGUGUACAAUCUUUAUUUUAUGUACAACGCAGCCAAUCCAUUAAUCUACUCUUUCAUGAAUCCAAUCUUUAGGAAUGACCUUAAAAAAAUAUUCAAUUCACUCUUUGGACAGAGGGGGCAUAAUCACAUUUAAAAACCGUAAACAAAGGUGUUGCUGUUGUAUCCAUUGUCAAUAAGUAAAUGGGUACUCCUUUAUUAUCUUUAUAAGACUCCAGAUUGUAAAUUUGCAAAUGGGUUUGUCUGUUUUCAUCUACUUUUUCUUCGUAUUCUUGUGUCCCAGUUUUUUCGUUAAAGGGGGAAUCAGAUCCAAAGGGAUUGACAAAAUUGCAAGCAAAAUGUACAGCUGACCUACGAAUGCAUUCCUUACUAUCUCAAAUAUUAUUUCUUCCAAAUGAUAUGUUAUAAAUUGAUGAAGUUAUCAAGGAGUGACAAAGUGCCA